AUGGGUGUGUUUAAUUUAGUGUUUCAUCAUGGGGGAAGUUUCGUGCAAGACGGCCAUACGUAUUAUAGAGGAGGUAGUGAGACUACUGUUGAAUGUCAGGACGAAGAUACAUGGAGCUUUUUUGAAGCUGUUAGUCUGGUUAAAGAUUGGGGUUAUGAAGGUUUUAGGCUAUGGAGAAAGAUUCCGCAAACGGAUGAAGGGUUUACAAAUGUUGUUGAUGAUGCAGGAGCUGUAGAAGUUGCUAAGCAUUGUAUGUCUUGUAGGGUUCACGGUGAUCUUUGGGUAGAGCACGGUGUAGAAGACAUGAUGACCAAGGUUCUGGUACCUAAUGUUGAUGACUUCAGCACCUCUAGUGGAGAUGAUAGUUCUGGUGACUAUGUUGAUGCAAACCAAUGUUUCAAUGACAGUGAAGAGGAAAGAGUAAUUGAAGUAGAAGAAGAUAAAUUUGAACGAGUGGAGGUAGAUGUUCCAGUUAGUGGGAAUAGGGUGGAGAUCGAAGGGAAAUCAUUUAGAUUCAAGCGUUGUGCAUCCAAGGAUCCCAAAAAGAUGAAAGAAAAGAGCAAAAGGGACAAGAUCAGUGUUUUGGUGCCCAAAAGUGUCUUAGGAUCUUGUUCAAAGAGGGCUACAAGGAUAUGUGAAGAUGUGGAUUAUGCUAGUGAGGAACUUGAAAGUUCAGAUGCUGAUGAAAGUGACAUGGAUGACAAACCUUCCAAGCCAAAGUAUGAGAAGUUCAGAUCAGAGCUGCUUAACAAAGACUUUCAAUUCAAAUUAGGUAUGGAGUUCAUUUCUCUUUCUGAAUUUAAAGAUGCUAUCAGGGAUUGGUCAGUAUUAAAUGGUAGAGAAAUAACGUUUGUUAAGAAUGAGAGCUAUAGGGUUAGGGUUGAGUGUAAGAGUAAAUGUGGGUUUUUGGCAUUGUGUAGCAAAGUGGGAGGUAGCCUCAUUUACCAGCUAAAGACUUGGGUGGGGACCCACACAUGUGCAAGGGUAUUAAAUAACAAGUCUGCCAAUUCCAAGUGGGUCUCUAAGUUAGUGGUUGAAAAGAGGAAGUCACAAGGGAAAGUUAAACUGUCUGAAAUUAUGUCUGAGCUUAGACAGAAAUAUUCAGUGGGCAUUACCAAAGGGAAAGCUUGGAGAGCCAAAGCUAUGGCUGAAGAAAUAAUUGAAGGUGAUGCAAAGGAACAGUAUAACAUGUUAUGGAGAUAUGCAGCUGAGUUGAGAAAACAUUGUGCUGGGAACACUGUCAAACUAAAUACUGAGAGACCACAUCCAACACUACCACUAAGAUUUGGUAGAUUUUACUUCUGUUUUGAUGGAUGCAAGAAAGGGUUUACCAAGGGUUGUAGACCAUUUAUAGGGACCAAUAAAAGGGACUUGUUAGUGUCUUUGAGGAAAUGCAUCAGCAAGUUGAACACAGGGAUUGCUAAUAGUGUUGUUAAGCUUGAUAAGUGGAAGCACAAUGUCAUGCCUAAUCCUAGGAAAAGGCUUGAUAAGGAAACAUAUCUUAGUGGAGAAUGGCUGCCUACAUGGAGCAGUGGUGAUUUGUGGCAAGUCCAUCACCCAUAUAAUGGAUUGCAGUUUGUUGUUGAUAUUGGGAAAAAAACCUGUACUUGUUGUUUUUGGGAUCUUGUGGGCAUACCAUGUAGGCAUGUUGUUUCUGCAUUACAGUAUCAAAACUUAGAUCCUGAGAAAUAUGUUGACCCUUGUUACAUGAGAGAAGCUUACAGGGCAUGUUAUGAAAACAAUGUUAGUCCAAUAAAUGGCAUGGACAUGUGGCCAACUGUGGAUGCUGAAGAAUUGUUGCCACCACAAUACAAGAAGGGACCUGGAAGGCCUAAGAAACUGAGGUUUAGAGAGUUGGAUGAGAAUGGUUCAAGGAUGAGGAGGGUAGGUGUAGCAUACAGAUGCACGCAUUGUGACAAAUUUGGCCAUAAUUCUAGGAAGUGUCAAGCUAAGGAGCAAGAUCCUAAUGCACUAAAGAGAAAGAGAAAGACACCUAGGACCAAAGUGUCAAAAAAAUCUGAUGCAAAUGUUGAUACAACUACAACUGGAGGUGGAACUGUGGAUGAAGACCCAGAGAUGGAUGCAUUGCUGAAUAAUAUGAUGGAUCUUUAUGAAGAACAACAAUCACAAGUUGACAAUCCCACACAACCUACUGCUAUGCAACCUCCCCCAACACAUGAAUCACAACCUACUGCAAUGCAACCUCCCCCAACACAUGAUUCACAACCUGCUGCAAUGCAACCUGACCCUGCUGCUACUAAUGUCAAAAAGCCUUCAGCUAGGAAAAAGCCCGUGGCCGUGCCUUGGAAGCGAUCAAGAAAGAGAGUCAGUGAAAGAUUGAAGGGAGUGAGGAAUGCUAAAAGACAUGGUGGGCCUGGAUCAACACCUGAUGCACCUUUGACCAUAGGUGAAGAAACUGGUGGUAGUACCUCAAAGAAGAUAUCAAGGAAGAAGAGGAAGGGCAUUGAUCAGUAG